UCCCAGCUGGCUUUCUAUGAGUCGUCCACGACAAACGUACCUACAUAGGCUGCGUGUGUUCGUGGGAGCGAGCAAAGCCGUUGACGGACACCUUACCGGGUUGACAAGCCAUAGGAAAGGCCGCCUUCUCACGCUGGUGGGGCAGGUAAGACAGGGACAGAGGUUGGAGCGGUGCGGCAGCCAGCUCGAUCACACAACACGGGGGCAGCACGUCGUCAGUUAAGUGAGUCGUGCGGGACCAGCGCUCCGGUGUGACCUACUACGCUCUGACAGGUAACGGGCCGCAAUGGGCUGAGGGAAGUGAGUUGAAGCUGGUAACUGUGACCACAGAAGUCGCUGUCAACAGACCGAGGCAGCUAGCACGUGAGGCGCCCUAUCAUCUCUACACAGAUUUAUUUCAAUGUUUAUUUUCGACUGAUAAUUCUGUGUUCGGUCGGACUAACGCGGUGAAUGCCGGGAUAAGCUGCUGGAACACAACGGGCUCGUGUGAGGGGACGGGGGAACUGUCAGGGCACUCUGGGAGUGAUACCGCCAAGCAGGACUGCCUCUCUCCGCGAGGGAGGAGCGACCGGGGACCUGUGGAAUGAAGGGAGAAAUCCACCAUUAGUGGUUAGCCACCGGCCGAUUCUACCAGUACAGAGAUUAGUACUCUAAGCAUUCACUACUUUAAGACAACUGCUUACAAAGACGUCGACUAUAACAGACCAGUUACAGAAGUGAUGUGAAUUUUGCCUCAUUGUGAGAAUGUCUGUCGCCUAGCUCUUCCUCUCAUGAGAGUCCAUUUGUCAUCUGAUCUUGGAUUAUCCAUCUUGGAUUACUAACAAUAGAUUACGGAUCUAAUUAUCUAACAGCUGUGUAGAGAUCCACACGGUCUGUUCCGUGUUUUACAAGAAUACCGUGAUUUCUGUUUAAUAUUGGAGCAAUCCCUCUUUUGUGUACAUCUGAUGAUAUUUAUAAUACCCUGAGUAUAUUGAUGGAGAAGUAAUCGAUGUGUGUCCAGGUAUUCAUAUAAACUUUGUACGUAGGUAAAAUGAUAUAAAAGCUAUACGUCUGUACCGAAUGGUGAUACAAACCUUGCUUAGGUGAUAGUAAAACGUUGAUGAGUUCGUCCUGAUGUGCACGGUUUAUGAAUACAGGAGGGGACAGUCUACAGGAGCGGUAUGUCCCUAAGGGCACCUUCAUUGACCAUGUCCCCGGCCGGACUGUUACGGGGGGCCGGGGUGUCGGCGGAGUUACCCACCCUGCUACUGAUACUGUUACUGGGUGCGACAGUCCGCUGUAUGGAUGUUACCAUCAAGGACCCGGAGAUUCUGUACCCGACCAAAUGGGGGAAUCGAGAACUGGCCUUACUGGUGGUCCCUGAGGAGAACGUGAAGUCGGAGGCUUACCGGGACAUAGGACGGGCGAUCCAGUACACUUCACCUUUCCGACUCUGGGUGGCGAUCCUGAAUUUCACGAACCGAAGUUUUAACAAAGUUCCACUGGCGAUAGCGGACACUCUUCAUCGCCUGAACAUAAACGGCAUGAAGACAACGGAGAUCUUCCUGGCCGGACACGGACACGGAGGUGUACUGGUUCAGAUGUAUACUCAGAUGGUGCCGGAUAUCCUGAAGGGAGUCAUCCUGUUGUCCUCCUACUUGACGAGAAGUCAGAGACCAGCCGAGUUUCCGGUACCCUUCCUCACACUAUCCGGGGACCUGGAUGGAGUCGCCCGGAUCACCAGAUCGGCCAGUUCUUUCCGAGAGUUACAGCUCGAUGUAGAAGAAGAUGCCGACGAAAUUUACCGAAGCCCCAUGGUUAUUUUACAAGGAGCCAAUCAUGGCUCUCUGAUUUCCACCACGUUACCUGAAGCGCUGGCUGACCUUGACCUUGACCCUGAAGUGUCGGGUGAGGAAGCGAGAAGCAUGGCGGCGAACUACACAUCUUGGUUCAUGAUGUCCACGCUGUCUGAUCCAGCUUCCUUCACGGUCUUAGCUAGGCUAAAACUCCGAAGUGCUUACGAAAACACCAAGGAAAUUAUGAAGCCAAUCCUGGCCGUCCAUGACCUGAUCCAGAGUCCUGAGUACACGUCACCCUGGUCACGAAUCUCACAGAUCUGGAUCUCGGGACUCCGGGGAUUGGAGUCGGCCAGACUCUGGGUGUCCAGUUUUGUCAUUGGGGAUAACUACGCCGUCGUCCCCUUAAUAACCGAAGAUAAGGGGAAUGUUUACGCUACCACAUACACAGAACUGGUCGGCUUCCCUCCAAUUGUCGACGACGGCUCCAAGAAACAGGCUCCAAUAGAAAUGAAGAUGCGGCUGAAAACGGCAGAGGCAAUCCAGGGGUUGCUGGUCAACUCCACAGUCUACCACCGUAUCACCUGUAAAGACUUAAAUUACGUGAGUUACUUGGCCGCUUUCAUGACGGGGUAUCACGAGGCCUCGAAACUAGCUAGGGACCGGUACGAUAAGCGACACAAAGGUAUUCAGUUCCACGAUGACGUCAUUGUUCAAACGGAAGAAGAAUGGGACCGACGCCACCUUGUGGUGGACAUGGUAAAACACGAAGCCCACGUGACUGCUGUGGCGUGGAAAUCCCCACUGAGUCACGAGCCAAGCCACCUGGCUGGAAUGUAUUACUGCCGACUGCUUCCGCCUUCCAGGGUCAUAGAGUGGAUUUAUGUGGACUCGCUCAAAUAUAACGGCGAGUUAUGAUGUACAAUGUGGGCGGUACACGUGCAGCUGAAUGAUAGGGGCGCUGUGCGCUGGGAUUUCUUGAGUAAAGCGGUUGACGUGUUUCGGUUCCAUAAAAAAUAGUUCCAGCCUCACGAGCGUGUAGGCCACAUUAUAUGAUGGUCAGGAACGAGACUAUGGUCACGUGACCAUUGAUAUUCCCACAGGGAUUUUCAGCAAUGCAAUAUGGGGGUCGGCCAGCUGGGAAGUCCAUGAUGACGGCAAUGUGGCUGUGGUGGUAUUUGUGAAGCGAGGUAUGUUUGAUAGACGCCAUGACCUGCGUGUGGUACAGUCAAAGCGAGAAAGAUCGAUGUCACAGCCUCUAAGGCUUUAUACAGUCAAAUGUCAAUAAUUUCCAAACUACCUCCUUAAUGCUAGAUAUUAAAGUGCCAUUAGAUAAUUUAUUACCUUGACUCACGAUAAGACGCCAGCUGGAGAGCGGAACAGGGCCAUGUGUAUUUGUACUCGUCUGGCAUUAGUACAAUUCUGUGCAUGAACGGAAUAGCAUCCGGUUGUCUCCCCUCCAUUGAUGGGCUUGUCUUUUGUGUGUUUAAGAGGCUGCGUCGCAAAAGCAGGAAUUUCUGUCACUAUUGACACGUUGUCGUGCUUGCUGUUAGCGCGUGGCAAGUGGAGAGACGUGGCAUUAUAAUUAUGAUUCAGCUUAAAUAGGCGUAAACGAGGGGUUGGACUAUGAUAGCUUAUCUUGGUCUGACCGAGGGAUUGGACUAUGAUAGCUGAUCCUGGUAUGACUGGUGUGACCGAGGGAUUGGACUAUGACAGCUGAUUCUGGUGUGACGGGGAGGCGGAGAGAUUAGACUAUGAUAGGAGGACUAGACUAGACUAGGAAGAGUUGGGCUUAAGACAGCUAAUCCUGGUGUGGCCGAUUGAUUGGACUAUGAUAGCUGAUCCUGGUGUGACCGAGGGAUUGGACUAUGAUAGCUGAUCCUGGUGUGACUGGUGUGACCGAGGGAUUGGACUAUGAUAGCUGAUUCUGGUGUGACGGGUAGGCGGAGAGAUUAGACUAUGAUAGGAGGACUAGACUAGGAAGAGUUGGGCUUAAGACAGCUAAUAGUAAUGUCACGGACAGCAGGCGUUGAGUAUGUGACAGCUAAUAUUGAUGUGACGGACACCAUGAGGAGGUGGGCUUAUGACAGCUGAUGGUAAUGUGACAGACACCAGUAGGAAUUGGGCUUAUGACAGCUGAUGGUAAUAUGACAGACACCAGUAGGAGUUGGGCUUAUGACAGCCAAUGGUAAUGUGACGGACACGGGGAGAAGUUGGGCUUAUGACAGCUAAUGUUGAUGUGACUAUCAGGAGGAGUUGGGCUUAUGACAGCUGAUGGUAAUAUGACGGACACCAGGAGGAGUUGGGCUUAUGACAGCUGAUGCUGAUGUGACGGACACCAGUAGGAGUUGGGCUUAUGACAGCUGAUGAUGCUGUGACGGAGUGAACAGACUAGGACAGAAAAUGCUGAUGUUACGCACAAUCAUGAGCCCUCUGUUUCAUAGCAACCAAUCACUGCAAUGCGACUUAAAUAGGAUAACAUACAUCAGACUGUAUUCGGCCAUUGCUGACUGCAAUCGCUAAACUAAUUUUUGAGAUUAUGAUAUCGCCUUCAAAUAUAGCCUUGUAAUUC